CAGAUUUCUGGACAGACAUGGGUGGAUGUCAAAUGUGGGCUAUAGAAACUACUGUUAAAUAUCCCAUUUUGUUCCCUCACGAUAUUCCAUUUGACACACAGCUUGGGACGAGCCAUUUAAUCCAACAAACGUCAAAAGACUAAAGUCAGUCAAAAACAAGAUGGACUCAACCGCCGACCUUGUCGUCAUAUCCCAACUCGAUCUCCUUGACACGGCAGGCACACCCCGCGGUAGCAUUGGCAAUCUCAAGCAGUCAAGAAUCUAUCGCAAACCCGGUGGUGCCCCUGUUCAUGUUCCUCGGACGCCCAGCCAGGAAGCGGGUCUCCAGGCUCGCGAACUUGAGAGCGGAGGCGACGCUGCAGUAGAGGAAGAAGAGGGAGAGGAAGCAUUUUCGGAAAGAGAUACCGACCAGCUUGUGAAUCCCAAUGCAUCGGCCAAGACACUGCAUGAAGAGAAGGAGAAAAGUGGGGAGCAGGACCCCACUAUUCUCAAAUCAUCUUCCUUGGAGCCACCGAAAACUGCUUUUCAAACCUUUGUUGCAACGAAUCUGGGACUCUUUUACAUGCUUUUCGCUGCAUGCCUGUUCUGUUGCAUGUCUGUCGGCGUCAAGGCCAUGACCAAGGCUGCAGAACAACUGCCGACGUUGGAGAUUGUUUUCUUUAGAAGCGUGUUGGUUUACUUUAUGGGAACUGCUUGGAUGCUUCGCUGGGGAUAUGAGGAUUGGCUGCUGGGCCCCAAAGAUGUUCGCCUUUUGUUGGUCCUGCGAGGCGUUAUUGGGUUUGGUGGAUUGACGUGUGGAUGGUUUGCAUUAUCUAUGCUCAACUUGGCGGAUGCAACAGUUCUUGGAUUCUUGUCACCAGUCUUUACAGCCAUUCUCGCUCGAUUCAUUCUAAAGGAACCUUAUGAGCUGAUUGACGGGAUUACUGGGGCUUUAUCCAUGAUCGGGGUCAUAUUCAUUGCUCGUCCGUCCUUUUUGUUUGGACGCACAGCCGUGGACGCUACGCCAGAUGACCUUUUACAAGCCGGACCAUCUGAUUUCGGGUCCGAACAAAUUCCGGAUGAUCCUUCUACUGCUUCCGAGUUUGCUCAAGGCUAUCCGUCCGUUUUGGACCCCACAUCAUCGACUCCUGCAACCGCAGCCGCAACUGUAGCCGCAUCCAACGAAGGAACGCGCAUCUUGGGAGUUGUCAUAGCCAUCACGGGUGCUUUGUUUGGAGCCCUUGUCUACAUUGUUGUUCGUCGCCUCAAAGGCCGAGCGACUCCCAUGCAUAUUGUUUCAACUUUCUCUCUCAUGUCCGUUCCCCUGUCCCUCUUAUUCGCACUCGUUCUCCCCUCCCCACACCCAUGGAUCCUCCCACAAGACCCGCUAACUUACAUGUACCUCGUCCUCGUCUCAAGCUCUGCAUUCUUUGGUCAAAUCUAUCUUUCAAAAGCCUUACACAUCGAAACAGCCGGACGGGCAAGCAGUAUGAAUUAUGUCCAAGUCGUUGUGGCGUUCUUGGCCGAGUGGGCCUUGUGGGGAGUCCAACCGAGUGUGUGGACUUUGAUUGGGAGUGCUGUAGUGGGCUCUUCUGUAAUUGCGAUUGCGGUUUGGAAAAUGAAAAGUCAGCGUGCAAAGUGAAGUUGCGAUUUGGACGUUGGGUUUUUAGUUGGAGAAUUUACAAAGUGCUGAAUAUAUCAAAGGUUUUCAAAGUACUGGUUUUAUGUUGAAGAUGUAUGAAAGAGUCUGGAAAAAUACUGGAAAAAUACUGGAAAACCGUCAUAGAAGCAGUG